GCAUUAUAAAUGUUGGGGAAAAAAUAGAAUAAAGAUUCUGUUCUGUAUUUAGGUAUCCUAUCCUAAUAUUUUUUUUAACUGUAUGUUUCUUAAUCUUUCUGUCUGGCCAUUAGCUCUUGUUAAGCUGGUGAAUGGCAUUAACUCUUGCUCUGGGCGAGUUGAAGUUUUCUUUGAUGGCCGGUGGGGAACAGUGUGUGAUGACGGCUGGGAUCUCUCAGAUGCUGCAGUGGUGUGUAGAGAGAUGGGCUGUGGGGAUGCUAUUGAGGCAAAGAGUGCUGCUUAUUUUGGACAAGGAUCUGGACCCGUAUGGCUAAGUGAUUUACAGUGUGGCAGUUACUCUACUCUGAGAAACUGUAAUUCAAAGGGAUGGGGACAAAACAGCUGUGGACAUGAGAAGGAUGCUGGAGUCACCUGUCAACGUGAGUACAAAAGCAAAAAAUUAACAGUAUAAACCUUGUCAUAUUUUUUCCACUGGUAAUAUAAUUUUGUUGUCAUUAGUUAAAAUCAGACUGGUGAAUGGCGUCUCCUCUUGUUCUGGACGAGUGGAGGUUUUUCGUGAUGGUCAGUGGGGAACCGUAACUGAUGAUGGCUGGGGUCUGUUAGAUACUGCAGUGGUGUGUAGACAGAUGGGAUGUGGAGAUGCUUUAGAGGCAAUAGGCGGUGCUUAUUUUGGACAGGGUGCAGGACAAAUAUUUAUGGGCAGUGUAAACUGUGUUGGAAAUGAGGCCAUACUCAGUGCUUGUGAAUCACGUAGAACGGGAAUGUAUGACCAUUCAAAGGAUGCUGGAGUCAUCUGUAACCCUUCUCUCAGGCUCAUUGAUGGACACAACUCUUGUUCUGGACGAGUGGAGGUUCUUUUUAAUGGAAUAUGGGGAACAGUGUGUGAUGAUGGAUGGGAUGCAUCAGAUGCUGCAGUGGUGUGUAGAGAGAUGGGCUGCGGGGAUGUGAUCGAGGCAAAGAGCGCUGCUUAUUUCGGUCAGGGAUCAGGACCUGUAUGGAUAAGUGAUUUACAAUGUUCCGACACUGAAUCAAGAUUAAGAGAUUGUAAAUCAGGUGGAUGGGGAAGAGGCACUUGUGGACAUGAGAAAGAUGCAGGAGUCAUCUGUAAGGAUAAUGUUAGGCUGGUCAGCGGCACCAACCCCUGUUCUGGACGAGUGGAGGUUCUUCUCGCCGGUCAGUGGGGAACAGUGUGUGAUGAUGGAUGGGAUGCAUCAGAUGCUGCAGUGGUUUGUAGACAACUGGGCUGCGGGGAUGUGAUCGAGGCAAAGAGCGCUGCCUAUUUCGGUCAGGGAUCAGGACCUGUAUGGAUAAGUGAUUUACAAUGUUCCAACACUGAAUCAAGAUUAAGAGAUUGUAAAUCAGGUGGAUGGGGAAGAGGCACUUGUGGACAUGAGAAAGAUGCAGGAGUCAUCUGUACGGGUGAGUGCAAACCUUUUAACAGCUAAUGAUGUAGUCAGUAUAGGACUGAAGUGAUUGUAUAUAUGCUUUAUGAUUGAACUAUCAUUAUAUAUAAACUUCUUCUAUUGUGUGAGCAAUAGAUAACAUUAGGCUGGUCAGCGGCACCAACCCC